GGCUGCCUGUCUGUCUCUGUCCACAACGGGCGCUGCUGGCCACCAUGGACACCACGGAGUACAGAGAGUGGAACGAAGGGCUCCUGAAGCGCCAUGCGGGUACCUGCAGGUGCUGGGGACAGAGGCUGCUCGGCCUGGCCCUGGUUUUGGUGGCCAGCACCAUCGCGUGGAUCCUGGUGCUGACCAUCCUCUCCUCCAGGGCUUCCUCGGAGCGCGGGACUCUGCUCAGCCGCCAAGACCUGCAGGUGACAAAUGCUUCCAAGCUGACGGCGCUCCUGGAUGACUUGAAGAAGGAGGUCAAAGCCUACAAUAGCAGCUGUGUGAGCAUGCAGGUGCAGCUCCAGACGGCGUACGCCGAGCUCCAGAAGGCGCAGGGAAAGCUGAUGGAGCAGGAGAGCGGCCUGAGUGAGCUGAACCAGCGGGUGACCCAGAGUUUGGCGGAAGCCGGGAGGGACCGCGAGAACAUCCGCACGGAGCUGCUCCGGGCGGUGGAGGGGGUCCGACAGGCGAAUGGCUCCUGCCAGCCGUGCCCCGCGUCCUGGUUGCCUUUCCAGGGCUCCUGCUACUUUUUCUCCCAGCGAGCGGCGCAGUGGGAGGCGGCACUGCGGCACUGCGUCCAGCAGGGGGCGCACUUGGUGAUCGUUAAGGACCUGGAGGAGCAGAUCUUCCUGACCCGCAACAACGGCAACUUCGGUUACUGGCUGGGCCUGAGAGCCCAGCGCAGGGGCCACGUGGUCCAGAGCUACCAGUGGGUGGACGGGGUCCAGCUCACCUUCAGCCACUGGAACCGGGGGGAGCCCAAUGACUCCAUGGGACGCGAGGACUGUGUCAUGAUGAUCCCCACGGGACUGUGGAACGACGCGCCGUGUGACAACGAGAGAGACCGCUGGAUUUGCGAGAAGCGGCGAGCCUGCUAGAGCGGCCCAGGGACCGCCCAAGCCACGCCCACCGCCCCACGCAACCACUCACAGCGCUCGCCACGCCCUCAUGUCCCGCCCGCUCGCGUGGCCACGCCCCCGUCGCCCGCACGACCCCGCCCCUCUCCCCGCCCUCCCACGUGACCUCGCCUGCCCCGCCCCCUCGCGUAGCCCCGCCCCGCCCUGUGUGCCACGCCCCCUUUCUCUGCUCCUGAGAACCAGCCUCUUGGUCCAGCAUUUUCGCCUUCUGCUGGGACUUCUGCUCCAACCUCCCGGGCACACCUACCUUGAACCUUUCCACCUUCCCAGGCAGCUGCUGA